CUCCUGGGCGCCCCCUACCGGCGGUGUCCGAGGCUGAUGCAGGAGGAGCCCCAUGCGACCGCGAAGCACCGGGGAGGCCCCAGCACUGGGAUGGGAGGGAGGCUCGUGGGAGAACUGCCCGGCGGUGCCCUGGACAGGGACCUUGUCGGGAGGGACCUAGGAAGGAAGACCCGGGGACAGGGACACCCCGUUGGGAAAUCUGGCCUCUGAAAAGAGUGGCAGGACAUCGGGAGGGGGAGGACUCAAGCAAGGUCCAGAAGCUACCUGUGGAAACCGGUGCCAUAAAGUUAGGGCUUUUGCUUCAGCUUUGAUAACUCCUGAAGGACCUCGUGACCAUCCUGAUAGGCUAGGAUUUCAUUACUGGUGCGCAGGCCCCUUGAUGAGAACGCUCUUGGGGUGCUGUUGAUGGGUAGUGUCCUCGUUGUCUAGGAAAUGCAGUUAUCUCAGCAGUUGGACCUGUUUCCUGAAUGCAGAGUGACACUUCUGUUAUUUAAAGAUGUAAAAAAUGCAGGGGACUUGAGAAAAAAGGCCAUGGAAGGAUCUCUCAAUGGUUCAUUGAUAAACCCUCAUAUGAUUGUCGAUCCAUUUCAGAUACUGGUGGCAGCAAACAAAGCCAUUCAUCUCCACAAGCUGGGAAAAAUGAAGACAAGAACUCUGUCCACUGAAAUUAUCUUCAACCUCUCCCCUAAUAACAACAUUUCAGAGGCUUUGAAAAAAUUUGGUAGCUCAGAAAGGGACACUUCGGUUCUGAUUGUUUACGUUGAAGAGGGAGAUAAACAAAUACACCAACAACACCUAAUAUCUCAAGUGGAAGGUGAGCAGGUGCCUUUGGAAAGCCUUCCAGAAAUAACAAAGCUCUCAGAAGUCAGAAAGGCAUACAAACUGUCACCACAAGAAGAGAGCAUUGGGACAUUAUUGGAUGCUAUCAUUUGUAGGAUGUCCACAAAGGAUGUUUUAUAAGAUUCCCAAAAUACCAACACACGAUCUCAGAGUUAACCACUAGCUGUUCUUUCCUGGUUUUGAAAUUAACAUAUUCAUUACUGAAAAAGG